AUGGCCUUUUCCAUCGCAGUCAUUAUGGUCUUUGGUAUGAGCAUUAUCUUCUUCAUCAUGCUGAGCAUCAACAAAACUCGUACUGAUCGCGAGGAGGAGAAGCAGAUUUGGAGCUAUCUUAAGACGUAUCGACAGGUCCCAAGCGAGGCAAUCAAAGAUGAUGAGCAGAGGAUACGAGCAAAGCUGCUGUUCAUGUCAAUUUUAGGCGAGCAAGUUACUGAAUCGCAGCCACAGCCCAAGAGCAGCACAAAGGUGAACGGAAAAAUCACUAAAUUGAAGGAAAGACGCAACAAGAGCAUUUCCAUGUGCCUGAGAGUCGAUUCCUAUAGCAGUGAAACGUGGCCGCGACAGUUGUCAACCGAAAAUAUCAUGCAGGCCCUCGAUGAAGACUUAGUAACAAUUCCCUCUUCGUCCGGAAAUCUUUCAAGGUCCAAUGGUGAAGGUGGCACAGAACCCACGACCCAGAACAAAACAGAUCUGUUCUUGUCCAAGAACAACAAGAGUGACUAUAACGAGAACUCUUUACUCUCAACAAUGGAUGACAUUCCCGAAAGAAACUUAACGAAAAGCAAAUCGACUUCAAAGCGAUCAGGUAGCGUACCUAAUGCAAAAGUUACUUCACCGGCGAAGCCUUUGCCUCAAGUAGCAAGUCUCAAAAUAAUAGAGUCGCUGAAAGAUGACGCUUUUGAAGGGAACAAGGAACUAAGCCAGAGUGAAUUGGAAACUAUUCGUGCUAGGAGACGCAAGCGAUCUGGAUAUAUGCCUCCGAAACUCGAUCUUCUUGAAUUAUCUGUUACGGGAUCAUCAGCCCCUUCAUCAGCUCCUACCACACCAGUAAACUUUGUCAUAGGAGACGAUCAACUCCUUAAACCACCCAAUGGUGGUCAUUAUCAAAAAUCAACGCACGCAGGCAAAGGGCAACGAAUCUCCGGCGAGACUCCAAGACCAAGACUAACCAGAAGAGCCCAAUCGUUCCGAUUCCAUGAUCGUAAACGAUCAGUAAGACGCAAAAAUUCUCUCGAACUUCCUGGAUCCUUACAACGAUCCAAUGAAAGACUAGCUUUCCAAGACAAUGAAUUUGCACGUAGCUUGAACUGUCGUCGACAUGAUCGUCAAAGUCGCAUCUCUGUCAUUUGCUCGCCCCAUAACAGCGACAGCGACUCGAGCAAUGAUAUCAUACUACCCGCAAUAACUCUUCCGCAAGAAAAACUGAAUGAGAGCAGCUCCGAGGAUACGGACCAUAGUGACUUUGUUCAAGACGUGAUGGAAGAAUUCUCCAGACGCUCGAGUGCUGUGUCUAACUAUAACGGAUCUGCAAUAGAUUUUGCUCAAAUCAUGAACAACCGGAUCUCUGUUAAUUCUAAUGACGAAUCUACAUCUUCUUUGGAGGAGGAUCUAGUUCAUCCAAGCAAUUCUACAAAGGAGAAUGAUCUUCUGAAAAGUGUAAAUCGUGAAGAACUUGUACCUCUAGUUUCUGAUCAGGAGGUCCCUUUGGAACCUUCAAUUUUACCUGAUCCUUUGACUUUAAAAAGAUCGUCCAAAAGCAGAAGGUCUGGGGUGAUAAACGUACAAUAUAGACGGUGA